AUGGAGAAUAUAUGUCGGGUUUGUCUGACACGCUCGGACAAUUUAGUAAACAUAUUUAAGAAAGGACACAAGGACAAGACUUCCAUUGCAGAUAUGAUCGCUAUGUGCACAGGAUCAGAAGCGACAGAAGAUUCAUUGCCUCGUACAAUAUGCCCCCAUUGUUUAAAGGAUCUCACGGAUGCAAAUGAUAUUAUUAUAUGUAUCGGGAGGAGCCACCAGUUCUUCUGUCAAGUAAAAGAUGAAGGCGUCGAAAAUGCAUUGUGCGAUUUGAUUGUUGAGGAAGAGUGGAAUAUUUCAAAAAGUGCAAACGAAAUUGAGGACAGAAAAGAAUCCUUGGCGAAGAAUUUAUUGCCAAAUACUCUGAUCGAGAAAAAUGAAAGGAAGAGUUUGGAGAAGAAAUCUGAAAGACCAUUUAAAUGCCCCCAAUGCCCAAAGUCCUUCAUGAAAAGCACUGAUCGAUUGAGGCAUACACGUAUUCAUGAAAAUAUACGACCCCACAUAUGCAGUGAAUGCUCGCGGUCUUUUUCAAAAAGAAUCCAUUUGCAGGAUCACAUGCGCCGCCACACCGGGGAACGUCCUUUUGAAUGCCCCCAUUGUUCCAAGGCGUUUGGGGUAAAAAGCAAUCUUCAAAGACACCAGCGCACCCAUCGACCUUGAUUUUGCUUGAAACAAAAAUAUUGACAACUAUAUGAAUGCUGUCACCAAAUUUAGAUUAGCUCAAUUGCUUACAGGGUGUUCAAUGUAAACAAGACGGGGUAUACAAACAAACAGCUGAUUGAAGGAAAAGCAUCAUUUGAACCACAAACAACAUUUUGAAAAUUAGAUUCAGGUUCAAAUGUUGUAAACAUGUCACCGAAAAAAGUCUGUCGCGUUUGUUUGGGAAAGUCAAAAGAUAUGGUCAAUAUAUUUCAUAGAUCCCCAGUAUCAGGGAUAUCAAUAGCAGCUAUGAUAACUCACUGCACCGGCUUAGCAGCUAAACAAGGAGAUUUAUUUCCCGAAUUUAUUUGUCCACCCUGCUUAAAGGAAGCACGGACAGCCUUUGGAUUUCAAAGAAAAUAUAAGAGAAACUACAAGUUUUAUAGUGAAUGGAUUAAGGAGGACAAUGAAAAGGAUAACACAGAAAAUUCAUUAGGCUCAGAGGAUGGAGAAUCGUCAAGCUCUGAAACAAGGCAAGACAGAGCGAAAAGCAACGAUGAUAACCUAUCUAUUGCUGACGAUAUAGAAGUAGUAACAGAGCCGCUCGAUGAGUUUUUUCUAGAAGCCGAAGAAGAAAGUAAGAUAUCAAAUACUCCAAAAACUUCUCCAAAGAAGUGUAUUGUAAAGAAGGAGUGUGUAUUAAACAACAGUGUAACAGAUCUAGAUGCCGAAGAAGAAACUAAGAUAUCAAAUACACCAAAAACUUCUCCAAAGAAGUGUAUUGUAAAGAUGGAGUGUGUAUUAAAAAAUAGUUUAAAAAAAGAGUACACUUGCUGCCUUUGUUCAAAGACCUUUGGCAGCAGAACAACACUUCGGAGACA